UAGUGCAAGAACUGAUUCAGCAGCAGCGCGUUUAUGUUCUUGAUUCACUCCAGCGCUACCGACUGUCGGGAUGUGACCCCGGAACCGGACGCCUCUUUAUACACGAAACAUCUCUCAUAUACAACAAAACCGACAGAACCCUGGACCAGGAGAGCAGUGCGUCAGGAGCAGGGGGGAUGAACCGUGAGGAAGCCCCUGGCAAGUCUCCUGAGGAGAUGUACAUCCAGCAGAAGGUGCGGGUGCUGCUCAUGCUAAAGAAAAUGGGAUCAAAUCUGACACCAAAUGAGGAAGCGUUUCUGCGAAAUUAUGCAGGCGUGGUGCACAGUCAGAUGAGUCAGUUGCCACAGCACCCCAUUGACCAGGGUGCUGAGGAUGUGGUGAUGGCCUUCUCAAGAUCAGAGGCUGAGGACAGGAGACAGUGACCUCUCGCCAAGUCACUACAGCUAAAUACCACAUAACACUGUUGAUGGAGAGGGCGGGACCUGAGAUGGGAGAGGGGUGGGGCUCUGCCGCGUGCUCGUUGCCACACUUCCCUUCGCUACCCCAUUCCCCUCCUCUUCCUCACGAACUGUUACACUAUCAGGGCCCGUGGCCUCAAAAAUACCUGCUGACUUACAGCAAGAGUCAGAAUGAGCGGGCAAACGUUUGAUUUUGCUGUUUUUUAGGAUUUUUUUUGUUUGUUUUUUGUUGACUUAUGCUUCAGUGAGUGGCGUUUCAUGUUUGUUCCCAUGAGAGACUGAACGGACCAAGAGCUUCAUUUUUCUGGUCAAACCAAGAAAGAAUAUAAAUGGCCUUAUGGGUAAAUCGCCUGUCAUUAGAGACAAACCUGUUUGUUUAAAUUAGUAGUUUCUUGUUUUGUUGUCCACACCACGUAUUUGUUUUCAGGGUUGUCAAGUAGAUGUUUACAUCAUAAUGUCUUCAGAAUAACAUUAUUAUUGGUGUGGAGAUGAAAGAAUAACAUCAAAAUGGACGAGGCCCGUACGUAAGCACACUCACAGAAUGAUGUCCUACAGAUGAACUGAUGUAUCACGAUCUGUUUUCUCGGUGUUUGCAUCAAUGUGACAUUUCCUAGGCUUUUUUGUACAGAACGUAAGAAAAAAGUAGAAAAGUGAAUAAAUUGUGCCAAUUGUGUUUUUAUGUAAAAUAUUUCUGAAGGUAUCUAAUGAAUGUCUUAGGUCCCUAUUUAUUUUUCAGAUGUCUUAAAGUCUAGACAAACAUGAACCCCAACUCCAGGAAUCUUUUUCAGCUCUAAAUUUGUAACAGCGUGUUUUGAUUAAAACGACCUAAGACAGUAUCCUGAAAUGUGCAAACGCGUCAAAUAGAGGCAUUGUGACAGAAUGUGCUUUUCUCUGACACGAGUAUUUCUUGCCGUAUAUCUAACAGCGUGGAGGACACAUUUUAAUGAAGUGUGUUUAUUAAGAUGACUCCAGACAGCCCUCAAUAACAAAGUCAUUAAAAGGGCAACGCUUUUAACUUUCAUGUUUAAUUGAUUUGAACAUUUUUGUCUUUUUGCCUCUGACCUUUUUGGUAACAUCGGUAUUUAACGUUUUGUUGACCUGCUUAACAUAAUUAUUGUAUCUCAGUGUUUUGAAUCGAUGCAUGCCUGUAUUGAGGUUUAAGAUGUAUAUUUAAGUAGCUCUAAUGAUCACGAGAGCCUGGCAGCAUUAAACAUCACCUCUUUUAAUCUGUGGACGUCCUUUUAAACAUUUUCCAUAACAUGUCUGCCUACGAUCUCCUCUCAGCAAUAAACAUCUGAAUGGAUGUCUUCAGUCUAUAUUUACAGGCAUCUGUUUGCUUUUAACUGUUGUUUUAAAGUUAUUCUUAUUUUCUCUAUGCAUUUUUUUAUUCGGAAGCAUACAAACGUGUCUUAACUGCCAUCAGGUUGGGUCUAUGACCCUAGCCGCCCAAACAUACGAAUGUCACUAUGUCUGGAUUCAUGUUUGGUUCAUUGACUUCACUGCAUGUUGUCCCUUCCCCCUCAAGCUGUUAAACUAUUAAAUGUGAAUUGCUUUUUUAUUGUUUAAAAUUCAAUUGAGUUGAUGUUUUAUGCUGUUGACUACGUCACUCGACUACAAUGCGUCCAAAUCUAUACCAACCGAACAUUAAAGGAGUUUAAAACUG